AUGGGAGAGAAAAGGAUAACGCUUUACCGUAGCUCUGAUGAGAUUUUGCUAGUGGGAGAGGGAGAUUUCUCAUUUUCACUUUGUUUGGCAAGGGCAUUUGGCACCGCCAAAAACAUGGUUGCUACCUCUCUUGAUUCUAGAGCAUCUUUAAGGAACAAGUAUGGAAGUGCAUUAGGGAACUUGACUGAACUAGAGGCUCUUGGCUGCACCAUUGUACAUAGGGUUGAUGUCCACACAAUGUUAGAACGCCCACAUCUCAUAGAUCGUCAUUUUGACUACAUAAUUUUUAAUUUUCCUCAUGCGGGUUUCAUUGCUCGAGAAAGUGAUGACUACCAAAUUCAGCUUCACAAGGAUUUAGUGAGUGGAUUUUUGUACAAUGCUAAAUACAUGCUUAAUAAAGGUGGAGAGAUUCAUAUUACUCACAAGACAACUCAUCCUUUCAGUUACAAAAACAAGAGAGGUGAUGGCCUUCAAUGUGACCAGAGUUUCCCCAUUGGAGAGUGUAGUACUUUCAUGUUCAAGAAAUUUUUUGAUCGUUUUUUAAAGUAA